AAUCUCUUCUCUUGUCUGUUGUUGCUCUCUAGGUGACUGUGUAUCCAUCAGUGGUCCAGAGGGGACCUUCAGUCUCCGCCCCCUUCAUGAUGUCACACACCUCUACCUAUUAGCAGCAGGCACAGGGUUCACACCAAUGGCUCGCCUCAUCCAGCAGGCCCUGCAGGACACCGACACCAUGAGAAAAACCAAGCUGCUCUGUUUUAACCGGCGUGAGGAGGACAUCCUGUGGCGCUGUGAGCUGGAUGACCUGGCUGCUAACACUGACAGGUUUCAGGUGGAGUACGUGCUCUCUGAUCCCUGUGACAGUUGGAGCGGCAGGACGGGUCGGGUGGAGGAGUCCAUGCUGGAGGAUUUCCUCACCAGGCCGGAGGGCUCCAAAUGCUACGUGUGUGUGUGUGGCCCCACUGCCUUCACAGAGAUAACAAUAGGCUUGUUGAAGCAGCAGGGCUUCAGUGAAGGGGAGCUGCACGCCUUCCUGGGGUGAAGAGCCUCCACACACCCCCACCCUGCAGAGAGUGUGUGUGUCUGUGUGUGAGAGAGCAUCACAGAGCUGACUUGAAUUGAUCAACUUGUAAAAACAUUUCUAUGCACGAGGACCUGAUGACGCUGACAGCAGGAAACGCCUCCAGGCUCUGAUGGGCGUCAUGAAUAUCACCAACUCAAGUACAGUGAGAUUCUUCUGAGGGCAGACAUUUCGCUAACUAUGAGUUGAAACAUUUUAAAGAUGUGUAGAAUAAAAAGUCAUAUAUACUGAGACAGAGGAAUGAAUGAAAGGGAUGUGUAUAUGCAAUAUGAUAUGUAUGUAUUGUACUGUCUCAGUUCCAUGUAUGCAGUUGCAGUGGAAGUGAAACCACUGAAAUAAAAUGCAUUAAGUUGUUUAAAGGUUAGUCUCCCUUCAUUGAGACUGGGGCAUUUGACAAUAUUACUUCUGAUCGGGGUAUUGAUCCAUGCAAGUUUAAUUUUGAGUCAUCAAGUUCUUUCUGAGUUGAUUUGUUUUUCCUUAAAGAGUAAGUAAACACAGGCUAAAACCUGCUGCUGCUGCUGCUGCUGCCUUGCAUACAUUACGCCUUUUCUCUUUGCUGAAGCACUGAUGUAACACUGUUACGUCACUAAUCAUGUACUAAAUAUGAUAACAACAGAUGUUGUUCUGUUUCCUGUGACACGUGUACAUUAGCAUAAAGCUAACUCUGGUACAGCUAAGAUGUGAGCUUUUGACUUCAGCAAAACAUAUGUUUAUGUCUCCACUGCACCUCCCGAGAAACACAUGCAAGCCCCUCUUGAGGAGGGCUGAAGUCCACAUUC